CGUCAUCGUUGUUAUGGAGACUGGACAGUUAGGAGACCCGCAGUCUGCGGAGUCUGGGUCCUACGCUUUCUCGGGGGCUACGUGGACGCUCACGUCGCGACUGGCCGGGAUCCGCAGCCCCAGCCAGUCCGCCCGGCUGUCCUCCAUGGCCCACUCCGAGGCCUUCCACUGCGGUGUCUCGGACCGGCCGCGCCGCCUGGCGCCUUUGCGCGAGCCGCAUCUGCUGCGCCUGCGUCCCACUUCGCUGCGCUCCCAGGACAUCUCGCACUUGCUCACAGGUGUCUUCCGCAACCUGUACUCGGCCGACGUGAUCGGCGAGGACGUGAGCUCGAAUCUAAUCAAAGCCCGCGGGAGCAAGAAUGCGCGCCACGAGCAAUUCGUGGACGAGCUGCAGCAGAUUCGGAAGCUCUAUAAGCAGCGGCUGGAUGAGGCUGAAAUGUUGGAAAGACACAUCAUUCAGGCCCGUGCACGGGCCCUUGCAGAGAAAGAGAGGUCCGUGCAACAACAGACCAAGGUGCAGUUCCUUGAGGCUUUCAUCACGUUGCCGCCAGUGAAGAACAUCUUCAGAUGGUGUGUGGACAGUGAGCUGCUGCAGAAGCACCAUUUGAUCUGCCCAGACGAUUUCUACAGUGAUGCAGUGCCGCUGUGCUCUGCGCCUAAAGGGCUCUCCGUCCCUAGAUUGUCAAGACCGACAUUCAGUUCGGAGAGGCGCUCCAUCCUGAGGCGGGAGCUGACCAAGAAGCAGGAAGCUACCUGCAGGAGGGUGCUCACUAAGCUUGAGGAUGAGUCAGACCACACCAUGGACAGCCUGGCAUGCGGGUCACCCUCUAAGGCCAAACCCGAGGCCAGAGAAGCUGUCAAGAAAGCAAGUCCACCAAAGAAUAAAAGCUGGAUGAACCACUUACGUGUGCCACAGAGAGAGCUGGAGCGACUUCUGCUUGCCAGGAUGGAGGGUCGGAACCACUUCCUCAAAAACCCCCGGUUUUUCCCUCCUAACACUCCACACGGAGGCAGGUCUCUUCUCUUCCCUCUAAAGAAGCCAGGACUGAUGGGAGAAGUACAGAGGGGAGAGCUGGGACAGAGUUGUGCUGACACUCCAGUGUUUCUAGCUAAGCCAUCAGUCGUACUUUUCACAGACUAUGAAAUUGGAUCCGUUUAUGAGAUGGUAAUCUCGCUGCAGAACACCACCUCGACGAGCCGCUACCUGCGAGUCCUCCCACCAACUACUCCGUACUUCUCUCUGGGACUGGGGAUGUUCCCAGGAAGAGGUGGGAUGGUGGCUCCUGGGAUGACCUGCCAGUACAUUGUCCAGUUUUUUCCCGACUGCCUGGGGGAUUUUGAUGACUUCAUUUCAGUGGAGACCCAGUCAGCCCACACGCUCUUGAUCCCCUUGAAGGCCCGGAGGCCGCCCCCAGUGCUGACAUUGUCACCGGUCUUGGACUGCGGCUACUGCCUCAUUGGGGGAAUGAAGAUGACCAGAUUUGUCUGCAAAAAUGUGGGCUUCAGUCGUGGCAGGUUCUGCAUCAUGCCUGAAAAGAGCUGGCCACCACCCAGCUUCAGGGCUGUUGCAACUGUUGGCUUUGUUGAGCAACCUCCCUUUGGAAUCCUGCCUUCAGUGUUUGAGCUGGCUCCAGGGCAGGCCAUAUUUGUAGAGGUCUUGUUCCUCCCAACAAGCCUAGAAAAGGCUGAGCAGACCUUCAUCAUUGUGUGCGACAACUGCCAGAUACAGGAGUUGGUGACCACAGGAAUUGGGCAGCUGGUUGCUUUGGAUCUGAUCUAUAUUUCUGGUGAAAAAAGUCAGCCGGAGCCUGGAGAGUUCACAGACUUAAGAGCCCAGCACUUCAUAUGCUUUGAGCCUGAAAACCUUCAGUCCACGGCUAGGAAACAGCUGAUUAUUAGAAAUGUCACGCACGUGGAGCUGCCCUUCCACUGGCAGAUCAUGAAGCCCAUGUCCGGAGAGGCCUACAGCACGGACAGCAUCAAGUGCUGCCCUGACAAGGAGACGGCCUUCUCCAUCCUGCCCGAGAAGGGGCUUCUCAACCCGCACACAGACAAUGAGUUCAUCGUCAGCUUUUCUCCUCAUGAGAUGAGGGAUUUCCACAGUGUGCUCCAGCUGGUGCUAGAGGAAGUCCCACAGCCCGUGAGUUUGGAAUUGGAAAACCUGGACCCCUCAUAUUCUGUGAAUGACAUGACCGUCCUGGAAAUCGAGGUGAAAGGCUCAGUAGAACCUUUCCAGGUUCUCUUAGAACCAUAUGCCCUCAUCAUCCCUGGGGAAAACUACAUUGGCAUAAAUGUGAAGAAAGAUUUUAAGAUGUGGAACAACAGCAAGUCGCCCAUCAAAUACACAUGGGGUAAGAUCAGCGACUGCCACAUCAUUGAAGUGGAGCCCUGCACAGGGACCAUAGAGCCCAGUGAGGCCAAGGAGUUCGAGUUGAACUUUAUGGGGGGUGUCCCCGGGCCGACAAGCCAGGACCUGCUGUGUGAAAUCGAAGGCUCUACCUCUCCAGUGGUAUUACACAUCGAGGCAGCCUUUAAGGGGCCCGUGCUUGUCAUCAGCCUCUCAGCCCUUCAGUUUGGCCUGCUACGCCUGGGGCAGAUGACCUCCAGCUCCAUCCAGAUCCGGAACAUCAGCCCUCUCCCAGCCACGUGGUACUUGAAGGAGAGCCCAGGCUGCUUGGAAGAAAGGCACGAGGGUGUGUCCCCCUUCGACAUUGAGCCCUCAUGCGGCCAUGUUCACCCUCUUGGGGAGUGCAGCGUGAACAUCACCUUGGAGGCCUCGAGGUGCCAGCAUCUGCAGACCAUCCUGGAGCUGGAGGUGGUAAACGGGGCCUGGAGCUACCUUCCUGUGUAUGCUGAGGUACAGGAGCCCUAUGUGUACCUGCAGAGCAGCCAGGUGGAGGUGAGCAACCUCUACCUGGGCGUGCCCACAAAGGCCACCAUCACACUUAUUAAUGGCACGCUCCUGCCCACCUGCUUCCACUGGGGCAAGCUGCUGGGGCACCAGGCAAGCUUCUGCACAGCAAAAGUCUCCCCUAGACGUGGCACACUGGGCCCCAGUGAGGAGCGCCAGCUCAGCCUAGAGCUGACUACUCACACUCAGGAAGAGCUGACCAAUCUGGCCCUCCCUUGUGCCGUGUCAGGCAUGAAGGAGCCACUGGUCCUGGGCAUUUCUGGGAAACCGCUGCGACUGCAAGUGGUCAUUGCCAUCCCCGCAGACGGCUCUGAUAGCAGUGUUCCCAGCAGAGAGUGGUCUCCAGGCCACCCAGAGGAGCUCCACCUGGACUUUGGCUCAGCUGUACCACUGCGGACCUGUGUGAAUCGCCAGCUUAUCCUGAUCAAUCACUCCCCGAUGCAGACCCCCUUCUCCCUCAAGUUUGAGUACUUCGGAGGCCCCCAAGGCAGUCGGAUACAAGCCCCCAGCCUCCUGGACAUGCCUCCUGCCCUGCUGAAGACGGCACGGAUUCGAGAGCGCUUGGCCAAGCGAGAGCAGCUGGACUUUAUGGAAAACAUGUUGUCCCACCAGAAAGGAGCUGCCUUCUUUCUCCACAUUUCCCAGGGCUUGCUGGGGGCCCACCAGCAGCUAAACAUUGACAUUACAGCCUGUGCAAACAUGUGGGGCGACUACUGGGACAACCUCAUCUGCACGGUGGGAGACUUGCCUCCAGCAGUCAUCCCGGUGCACAUGGCAGUGGUGGGUUGUCCCAUUAGCUCCCUCAGGACUACCUACUAUACCACUGACCAGUUCCAGAAGGAGCCUGUCAUCAGAUUUGGCACGCAGGUCUCUGGAGGAGACACAGUCACCCGGGCCCUUCGCCUGAAUAACUCCAGCCCCUGUGACAUCCGCCUGGACUGGGAGACCUAUGCUCCAGAAGACAGGGAGGACCGACUGGUGGAGCUACUGGUGUUUUACGGGUCUCCUUUCCCGUUGUGGGACCAAGUUGGGAAUGACCUCUUAUGCCCCGAGACCCCUGAGAGCAGCAGUUCCUGCUGGUCCCCAAGUCCCUCCAAUGCGUCAGGCUCCAGCCAGGAAACCAUCUCAUCUGCUGAGGACAGCACCUGCACCGGGUCCCUACCGAAGAUUGUCUCAGUCAUCCUGCGGGGGCACGACGGGGUGCCCUCUGACCGCCUUUUCUGUGUCAGGCCCCAGCAGGUGGUGAUCCCAGCUGGGGGCAGCAGCACCCUCUACAUCUCCUUCACUCCCAUGGUCCUCAGCCCUGAAGCCCUGCACAAGGUGGAGUGUGUUGGCUAUGCCCUGGGCUUCAUGAGCCUGGACAGUGAGAUGGAAAGGGAACUUCCAGGAAGGAGGCGUCGCCUGCAGGACUUUGCUGUGGGACCCCUGAAGCUGAACCUGCACAGCUGUGUGAGGCCCGCCCAGCUGAGUGUGGAGCUGGACUACAAUGGUGGUGUGGAAUUCCAGCACCAGGCCAGCGACCUCCUCCCUGAGCAGCCCUGUUCUGGGGUGCUCAGUGAGCUGGUGUCCACCCACCACCUGAAGCUGACCAACACCACGGAAAUCCCACACUACUUCCGGCUCUUGGUCGCCAAGCCCUUCUCCGUUUCUCAAAAUGGGGCUAGCCGCAGCUGCAGAGCUCCUGGCCCAGGCCGGGAGCAGGAGCAUGACGAGGAGACAGCAGCAGCGGCCAAGGAGUGGGUACUCUACCCGCAGGAGAACAUGCUGGUGGCUGUGUCCUUCUCACUAUCCCUGGAGCUGCUUUCCUACCAGAAGCUCCCAGCUGACCAGAUGCCACCUGGAGUGGACAUUCAGCAGAGCGCGAGCGGAGAGAAAGAAAUGGUGUUUACUCAGAAUCUACUCCUGGAGUACGCCAACCAGACCACACAGAUGGUGCCCCUGCAGGCCAUUGUGGCCGUGCCCAAACUGCAGCUCUCCGCCAGCUGGGUGGAUUUCGGGACCUGCUUUGUGAACGAGAGGCGGGUCCGGGAUAUCUACCUGAUGAACCUGAGCGGCUGCCGGAGCUACUGGGCCGUGCUGAUGGGUCAGCAGGAGCCAGACAAGGAUGCUGUGGUCUUCAGGGUCUCCCCGAGCAGUGGGCUCCUGGAGGCACGACCAGUCAAUGCACCCCCAACCUCCGUCAUGCUCCAGGUUUUCUUCACUGCCAGGAGCAGUGAGCUGUAUGAGUCCUCGCUGGUGGUGGCAGGCAUCCUUGGUGAGGAGGCCUGCACUCUGCGGCUCCGGGGUCAAGGCUCUUACGAUGAGCGAUAUGUGUCACCCCAUCCAUUCUGAGGUUCAGCCAUCUGCCCCAGCUUUGGAAGUCUCCAACAUGGCCCAGACUAAGGCACACGUUUGCUGAGCAGGGGCAUGCACUGGAGUGCCUCUGAGCAGCCCCUGGGAUGGAGGGACCCCCUUCAAGGUCUCAGCCCAGACCCUGCACCAUUAAGUCCUCAGAACCAAAAUUAAAGAUAGGAAGAAUCGGUA